AUGGUCCCUACAAGUUCGCCCUUCCAGAGUUGGAUACUGGAAGAGCAUGUGCCGACGGUGAAAAUACCGGCGCACAUUACUUACGAUGGCACCUCGAACCUAAAGAACCAUAUUGCCUCCUAUGAGAGGCACAUGUAUCUUAACCCCAGGUACAAGGCUACCUGGUGCAAGUACUUUCCAACUACCUUAAAAGGUGUUGCACAAUCGUGGAUCACCAUAGGGGUAAAAGAAGGCUCUAUUUCUGGUUGGAAUGAUCUUUCCAACAAAUUCAAGAGCAAAUUUUCUAUCGCUAACCGCCGAGAAAAGACAACUGCAGAGCUGAUGGGUCUGCAGCAAGCCGAAGGCGAAAGCCUCCGCGAUUAUCUGACUCGUUUCAGCGAGUCAUCCAGAAUUACAAGUCUGGAUCAAGGCCUUGUCGUGUUUACACUACGGAACGAUGUCCGAGGUUCCGGCGUCGAGGAAAGGGAAGGCCAAGGCCUUAGAACCGUCCUCGGCCGCCAAGCCGAAAAAAGAAAAGUUCGUCCCUACGCUGGGCGAUACGAUUCAUACACUCCCCUUACUCUUCCUCGUGCUAAGAUCUACAUCACGACAAAGGACGAGAGGAGAUUCAAGAAGCCCCGACCAUUGCCACCAUGGCAUCAGCAGAAGGGCAAGGACCGAUGGUGCGAGUUCUAUGAAUCUCCUAGACAUCGCACCGAGGACUGCCUUCAGCUGAAGGAUCAGAUUGAAGAUUUGGUUCGGAAGGGCUAUAUGAAGAAAUACCUCGCGGAUCGCCGCGAGGAAAAGAAGGCCGAGAGAGACUCUCGGCAAGACCUUGACUUUCUCCGGAAAAAAGAUAAGCAGCAAGACAAGGACACCCUUGACAUUCUUGUUAUUUCUGGAGGAGUAUCUCGGAGCGCAGUGAAGCGCCACUUGAGGGGUCUGACCCACCAAAUCAACCAUGCUGAGCUCCAGGCGCCUCAGUCUCUGGUGCCGAACAUUCUGUUCACAGCCGAAGACUGUGAGGGGGUGGUGUAUCCCCAUGAUGACCCAUUCGUGAUAGUAAUGGGUAUUGCAAACUGCAACGUCUGGCGAACCCUCGUCGACGGCGGUAGCAGGCGAAUAUCCCUUUCAGGGAUCAUUUGA